UUCUCGGAGUCACCAGGGAGAAGUUACAGUAACCGAGUAAAGUCGUGUGUGCAAGGGGGCCCGCGGCAUCUGCAUAGAAGGCUGGUCCGGGGGCUGGGCGCUGCUGCGGCCGUGUCACGGGCGUGAGGGUUUGUGCCCUGAGAUACGCCUGUUUGCCAGGGAUGGAUGUGCUGCAGGCCUGGUUUGUUGCUGUGUGUGUCUAUGCUCACCCUGGCAUUUGCCGUUUUCCUCCUCCAGCACGCCCAGUUCAGUACCUCAUUAACAGCCCACGGCUGAGCUCCGUCGGGGGAGACGGCGGUUGGGGGCAUAUGGUUUAGGGCUGGGGUGCCUAUAGCGGGCCUCGGCGUGUCGGCAUCCUGCUCUUAGCUGACCCUAUGUGAUGUGCUACGUCAGCGUUGGGGUAGCUCCUAGUUCUAUCUAUAGGUCAAAUGUGACCGCCUCCAAUGACUCCAACAGUCAAAUCUCAAGCACUUGUUCCAAAACUAUUCGAAUAGAACUCUUUGUCCACUAUUCUCUGAUCCCUGCGGUUCUAAUUACAAUUACAUUGUCCUAUCUACAAAGACAAGAAAAACAUGAAAAAACGAUAGAAAAAACACCACUGGGCAAGAGAUUUGGCAUUGUGGUGCCAGUGAAUUUUAUAAGCAGUUACUCAAACAGAUGGUCUUAUGGGGCCGCAUGUGGAGCCACAGCUACAACAGUUUUUCUAUUAUUCUUCAAUGAAUAUUCUAAUUACUUUAACUUUGUUGCACCAACCUGGGCCAAAGCUCUAGUCUAUCUUCUAUCUGCACUGGAGGUUGGGAUGGAUUACUAUCCUUUCUUUGCCUGCUUAUCUACUGACCGUAGACUUGUAGGUUCAACCCUAGGAUUCUGUUACUCCCUUUGCUGGUUUUGUGUGCAGCUGGCAGACCUAUUACAAUGCCAGAGAUUAGCUCAUACCUCGGUCAUACUCCUCUUCACACCCAUCCCAUCGCUGGCCUGCUGCCUGUUUCUGGUGGGAAGAUUUCUACAAUUGUUAAUAAUGACAGUUCUCUCAAUUUACAGACAGAUGGAAAGUAAGGAUGAAGAGGAACCUUUGUUACCUCUGCACUUGACCAACUACGUUAGGCAUCUCCUACAACCUGCUCCUGAAACGAAUGAGCAGAACGCUCCACAGAGGUGGAAGAUAUACACGUGGGAUAUGCACUUCAAAUUUCCUACCAGGAUAAUAGUCACAGCGGUGCUCUGUUUGACCUGUUUGUACAAUUUUGUCCUUGUAGAUUUAUUUGUCUCACCAAAAGCUGUGAAAGGUCUGGACAGAUGGAUACUGGGAACAGUUAACCUCUCCUAUUCCGACCAAACCAAAGGGGUGUUACUACGGUUAAGAGCUUGCUGGUUUUAUUCGACCUUUCCUUCUGCCUUUACAAGUGUUAUCUUUGUCCUGCAUGUCCUUGCAAGCUACAGAAAAGAAAUGAAGAAACUUUAUAAAGGUGACUCGGACAUUCCAAGCACAGGUCGCCCUGCUGUUAUCCUGGCGGCCAGUAUCAGAUAUACCGGAAAUCAGAUUGCAUAUUUGCUAUGGGGAUACUUUCUACUGCACAUCAUGUUCUUCUUGAUAAGUCUGAUCAUAACUUUCUGGUUUGUCGUCCCAAUCAAAGAGGGGAAAGGAACGCUGGUUCUUCAGAUCUUUGGUUAUGCAGUAUUGGGAAUGGUCAUCAUGAUUGCGGUGAUUGUUGCUCAGAUCUUGGCAGCACAAUUUAUUUUCCUACAAGAUAAAAUCUCAUCAAGUGAUAAGAACAAGCCACUAGCUAUCAAUAACAGGAGAGGAUUUCAGAAUUUCAGCUACUUCUUCAUGUUCUAUUCUGCUAUCCUUGGCUUUGGUGCAUGUUUGGUCAGAGUCUUAUUUAAUGUACUCUUGGGAAGCUGGUUGCUCGCAAGGAUUGACCGUCCACUUUUCCCGAAAGGUUAUGAGGGUGCUGAUAUAGGAUACAGCACAUGGACUGGCAUGCUUCAAGUAGACCUGUAUCAUACUCAUCCGAUUGUUCUGUCCUUCUGUCACAUACUCACACAGGGCGUCAAGUCGAGAAAACAUCACACAGGUCCAGAUGUGCUACAGGACUGCGGGAACAAACAGAGAAGGGCCAAAUGGCACUUAGCAUAUACUCUGAUCAAGAACCCUACAUUGAUACUAUACAGGAAGUCAAAUGUCUGCCAUUCAAGGUCCUACCCUCUAAGUAAAGAUGUUUUGCAUCAAUUACUGAUCAACACUUUACAGUAGGAAAUAUGGAGACAGCAACCUCAACAGACACUGCUCAGCUCCUUUAAAUAAAUGAUAUAAGAUAAAAGGAUAGACAUGGUGGAGGACUGUCCAUCCUAAGGGAAUGUCCUAAUAUGAAAUCUGUAUAGGUGAAUCCUAUAAUAGAAAGAUGCAUAGCAAACAUUUUUAUUACUAAAGAAACUAUGAAUGUUCUGAAGUAUUAUAUUUUGUUCAGUUUUUUUCUCUCUUUUUGUAGUGCCUUCUAUUGUACUGGUGUCAAAGAUGUUAUGUUUGUUACUUAUGUAUGAACAUUUUGUUUAAAAUUAAAAGAAUAUAUUAAA